AUGGCAUGCGAACACACACCAAUGUUUGAAGAAAGUUUUCUUUCAAUGGAUUUAUUUGAUAUUGAUAUUCCGCUUGAUCUUGAUUUGAUCUUCUUUCCAUUUGACAUAUCCUCUGAGGAUCAGGAUCCGAUGUUGUUUGAUGAAAUCUUAUCAAAAUGUGAUUCGGAUACUGAACAAAAAGAUACUCUCAGUCAUAUGGCUAUCGAACAAAAACCUAUCCAAUUGGAUUGUAAACCUCAGCAUCAGAUUUCGCUUUCAUUCAUCAAUCCACCGGAAUCCUUCUAUCACGUUCGAUAUCUGAGUGAAAUAGCCAAUCUGACACUUGACGACGAUUCUGUUGAUACAAAAGGGCGAAUGAAGAAAAACGUCUCUGGUCGAUAUCUCAAAGGCACACAUGGCCGACAUAUCACCGUCACAUUGCCAACAAUUCUAUCCGAACAUUCAAAUCUCUAUAUUCGUGUCACUCGUCUAACAGUUCCUUAUCAAAAUCGAUCAUUUAUUCAUCCAUAUCCUCUUCUCUAUACGUAUAAGAAGAAGAAGAAGAAGAACAAGAGCAAGAUGCAAUGCUCUGAUGUCAUUCUCGCCAAUUCAUCAAUCUACUUUCGAAUCAACAAAGAAGAACUUUAUUCACAUUCCAAAUCCUUUUCUCAUUUGAUUCUAACUCGUCUCAAGCAAUGCCAUCUCAAACACAUAAACAGUUUGAUUGCCUUCGAUGACUCUGAAUUAUCUUAUCCAUUCGAAGGAGCAAAUGCGAAGAGUAAAAUUGCCUUAUAUCAAUUGAAAAAAUCGCAAUUAGAUUUUCGAUUGGUCAUCAAAUCAGAACAACCAGACACAUUCUCUAACACUGAUAUCUUCUGUCGAUCGAAUGAAUUGCUAGAAGAGGAAGGUGUCGAAUGCAAAAAAUCAUCCACUUUGUAG